AUGCCUUCCAAAACAAGAGCAUUAUUCGAGCUCACCAGGCUCCACUGGUUUCCAGUAGGGUGCGACUUCAUGUUUUGGCCCGGUUGGGCCUUCCUAUCGGCGGCCUAUCGUCUGGCGUUACCGGUGAACGAAGUUGUUGAGAAUACUUUAUUUUUUGCAUUGUUGGGCAUACUGGUGCAUAGCGCAGGCUGUGUCCUAAAUGACAUGCUUGACCGCGAUCUCGAUCGCAAGAACGCUCACAGGGCCGACCGAUUGCAUCAGGAGUUGUCACUAGGACAGAGGCCAAGUUCAGCACUUCUGGUUGUUCUCGUUGCCGCCCUCUUCUACUUGUUUUCAACUUGUGGAACCAAAGCUUUCACACUCGGUGUUGUCGCAUUCCCCGUUUGUAUCGCGACGUAUCCGCUGAUGAAGCGUUGGAUGAACUGGCCUUCUUUGUUCCUCGGUUUUUCUUCUAGCUGGGUUGUCCCAGGAACGUGGGUUGCAACGACUGACCAUUAUGAUUGGGGUAUAAUCCUGAACAUAGCAAUUGCAUCGUGCUGUUGGAAUUGCAUCUACGACACCAUUUACGCAUGCCAGGACAAGAAGGACGACGAGAAGGCCGGCGUCAAGUCCAUGGCAGUCCAUUUGGGCAAAGCCAUUCGUCCUGUAUUGACUUUAUUUGAUACGACCUUCUUUGUGUGUCUUUUGUGGGUUGGUUACUUGAACGACCAGGGCCUUCCGUUCUAUAUGAUGAGUGCCCUUGCCCCUUUCCUCCUGUGUCUCUGGCACAUAUGGUCCUUUGAUCAUAAUGAUCCCAGAGACUGCUGGAAAAAUUUCACAGCAGGUCGCCACGGCGGGACGAUGGUCUGCGUUGGAUUGAUCGUCGAUCACUGCUUCAAACUCUCGUCCUCCGCCGGUUGA